UGUUAGGAGCACAGUUUUAAAAAUUUGAACAUCAUCAAGUUUAAUGGAAAAUAGCGAGAAAUUUAAAUUUUUUGCUUCCUUACUAUUACUUAUUUUCGUAACGUUUGCUGUACACUUCGGUUUGCAAAGUUAUUUGACUGGAAAUUUCAACAAUUUUGAGUUCAAGAAUUUUAAAUUGGGGUAUUUGGAUAAAAUCGACAAAACAAACAUUACUGAAGAGCUGAUCUUGAAAAAGGUUGCUGACACAAAUCCCAAUUUGAUACUACAACGUCCUCUGACAAUAUGGGGGCCACGUUUCAACAAUACAUGCGCUCUUUACGUCAACGCUUUCAACGUGAAAUUCAACAACCAAUAUUGGCAAGUACAAAACUACCCAAACGAAACGUUUUACUUGUACGGCGCCUACUUUGAUGACCGGGUGGGUCUGAACGACACUGGUCCCUUUGUCCGGAUCAUCGGAAUGGUGGAUAAGAGAGACUACUUCAAAAAUCUCUCGUGUCAAUUCUGGUUCAAGGAUCAAGAUGUACCAAAAUUUGGAAAUAUUACUGAGAAUUUUAAUUUGUGGCCCAAAUAUUGGGGAAACGCGCACGCCAAGCUGCACCCCUACAUAUUUAGCUGCAAAUGUCCCUUCAAAGAUCGUGUACCUGAGUCCGUCUCGUUGGUGAUCAACCCUUGUGACAAUGCCACAAACAACCUGAGGGUCAUCAACAACCAACUCAAACUUAAGAAAAAGCAAAAUUUCCUGGUUUGUGUGAAAGGCCUGAAUUACAGGCACAAGGCAGACUUUUCAAUCAGGCUGGUUGAGUGGUUGGAAAUGCACAAAAUUUUGGGAGCUGAUAAAAUCGUCAUAUACGAGCUGCAGGUGCAUCCAAACACCUCAAAAGUUUUGGAACAUUACGUACAAUCUGGGUUUGUGGAAUUGGUCAAAACUUCAUUGCCUGGUUUCUACAGCAACGUGCCUGACUUAAUGUCCUUCUUUUUGGUGGAAAAUCUUCAUGUCCAAGUUUUUCAAGAAAUCAUCCAGUACAACGAUUGCUUGUACAAAUAUAUGAAUAUGUACAAUUUCAUCGUGCUGGUUGACAUGGACGAGGUGAUUUUGCCGUUGAGCUCUGACACGUGGUACGACCUGAUUUACAAAAAGACCAUCCCAAAAGUCAAUGUCACUGAAAAAACACCUGCAGCCUUUGUGGCGCGAAACCUGAUUUUCGUUGACGACAAGGCCGAAAUAAAAGACUGGUACCCUGACAUUCCCAAAUACAUGCACCUCCUUCAGAAUGUCCAACGCAACGUGAACUACACGUUUCCACCUGGGGACGGCGUCAAGUCGUUCCACGACCCGCAAAUCGUUUUUGCCAUUCACAACCACCUGCCCAGAAAAUGUAUCGGUUACACCAAUGACUGGUGUCCAGUACACGACUUUGACCUGAAGGACGCGCACAUGCAGCACUACUGCACUGGGAAGGGAAAAAACGAGUGCAAGUUGCAAAGGGGCAUCAAUUUGUCGGUGGACACUUCCAUUUGGAAGUUCAAGGACCGGUUGAUCAAGGCAACUAGCCAAAGGCUGAAAGAAAUUGGUUUCUUUUAAAAA